AUGGUCAAGCUCACCGAGGUCGAAGACGAACAUUUCACAUCCGAGAAGCCUACUCCUACCCAGAAGGAUUCGCUUAUUACAUCGGAUAAUGAAGAAGACGAUGAUUUCACUGACACCGAAUCCGAAAUCUCCGUCGAAUCAGCCGCCGAAAUCGAAAGCGAGAAUCUGUACGAGCGCAUCAUUGCCCUGAAGGACAUCAUCCCACCGCACUCUCGCCGCCGCAUCGCCGGCACUGUCACCGGCAUCACAGACUUCACAAAGUCGACUUUCUCAUUCAGCGGCAAGGCUCUAUGGGUUAUCAGCACGAGUGCCUUUUUGCUCGGUGUACCUUGGGCUCUUGCAUUUGCCGAGGAGGAACAGUAUGCGCAGAUGGAGAAGGAGCAGGGAAUGAUGAAGGGUGCUAACGAGAUGCUCACCCCUGGUGUUGACGCUGCUGCUGCUGCUCUUGGCGGUAUCCAGGAGAAGCAGUCGCAACCUGCUCUGUGA